AGACGCAUCACUAGACGUCCCUACCACCGAAGAGACUGCGCUUCUGCACCAAGCCAGAGUUAUUACUGUGAUUUUGAAAUCCGUUAUCACGAGUGGAUUGCCCUUCUUUGCUAUAAAUCUCUGUCAGAGUUCUUUGGGAGUUGGACAUGUCGUUCCCCCAGCUGGGUUACCCACAGUUCCUAAACGCAUCCCAGGAGGUGUACGGAGCCGAACGAACGGGUGUCAUGCUUACCUCUCCACGCGAGGGAAGCUCGGACAGCAGCGCAAGUCCUGCGACUACAGCGGCUGCGAUCACGCCGAUGCUGGGCAUGUACGCGAAUCCGUGGACCGUGCAAAAUUAUAGCGCCUUCUUACCUUACAACAGUGCCGAACUGGCCCUGCUCUCUCAGAUGGGAUCGCAAUAUGAGCUCAAGGAUAACCCCGGGGCUCACCCACCAGGAUUUGCAGUCCACACUGCACCUGGUUUCUACCCAUAUGGCCAGUACCAAUACGGAGAUCCGGCCCGGGCCAAGAGCGCAACCAGAGAAACCACCAGCACACUAAAGGCAUGGCUACAGGAACAUAAAAAGAACCCGUACCCCACCAAGGGUGAGAAGAUCAUGUUGGCCAUCAUCACUAAGAUGACCCUUACGCAGGUGUCCACCUGGUUCGCCAACGCGCGCCGGAGACUCAAGAAGGAGAAUAAAGUGACCUGGGGACGCAGUGCCGAGGACAGAGACGGACGGAUCUUUGACAGCGACAACGAGGACGAUGCGGACAAGAAUGACGACGAGGAAGAAAUCGAUCUGGAGACCAUCGAUAUAGACAAGGCCGAUGAGCCCAGAGGAGAUAACAGCAAUGGAGUAGAAAAAGAAACGUCGCAUGAUCAACACGAGAGAGAAAACGUGGAAACACCACGGAUAUUAUCCUCACAAGCACUAAAAAACAUGGACAAUCCUCUGCCGAGUAAUAAAGAACAGUGCGUGGUAAAAAGUGUUGGUGAGUUAUCUCCGAGUGGGCCGGUUUGUCAGAGGCCUGGAAACAGCAAACCCAAAAUUUGGUCGCUGGCGGAGACAGCGACAAGUCCUGAUAAUACACAGAAAGUCAGCGUCCCCUCGACGCCUGCAGGCCUCAGAGCCUCACCAUCUACACAUCCAGCUUUCCUCUCCACUAACGGAAUUUAUACAUGUCAGAUUGGGAAACUACACAACUGGGCGAGCGCAGCUUUUCUAAGUGCAAAUUCUCUGAUGGGUGUGCGCUCGCUUUUAAGUCAAAACAGUCACUUCCCAAACCACAGCCCCGUUACGAACCCCGAAAAGAAGCCCCCAUCUUCCUCUGGGUCUCCAUGUCUAGAGGCUGACAGUGAGAACUCAUCCGACAGUUUCAGUCCCAAACAUAAUGAUCAAGAAAACAUUCAGAGAAUUGAAUCUCCAACACUCGCGUCCAGGCCACCAUUUCCAGUCAUCCACGACAGGUCUCAUCAUGAAACAUCACAGCGCGCAAUGAAGACUAUUUCAUGAACACAGAACUUAUAUCUAAAUCCUUUAAAUUAUUUAACGAAAAUAAAAUGUGACAAUAAAACAAAAGCAUACACGUCAUCGGAUAGUGUAUUUCUUAAUACACUCCCAUCCUGCAAUAUCAGUUUUGUAUUUUAAUUUCAUUUCAGCAUGUUUGAGUUGACCGUGUAGCUCGCCUGCGUUUCUUUUACAGAGUUAAUAAGAAAUAUUUGUCAUAAAUUGUAAAAAUGAUAUAUUUUUGUGUAAUA